CCCGCGCCUCGCGGCGGUGUUGUCGGCGGCCCCAAGAUGGCGGCGGUGGCGGCGGGCGCGGCCGCCCCUCAGCAGCCGCCGCCGCCUCAGCAGCCGCCGCAGCCGGCGGGAGGCGGCGGGAGCGGCUCUGGGGAGGCGGCGGGAGCCGCGGGUGGUGCGGGAGGCGGCGGCGGAGGUGCCGGAGGCGGCGGUGGCGCAGCCGGGCCUACGCCGGGCUCGGGGUCGGGCGGCGGCGCGGCCGCGGGCGAGUCGUGGUACCUGGCGCUGCUGGGCCUGGCCGAGCAUUUCCGCACGUCCAGCCCGCCCAAGGUGCGGCUGUGCGUGCACUGCCUGCAGGCCGUGCUGCCCCGCAAGCCCCCGGCGCGCAUGGAAGCCCGCACGCACCUCCAGCUCGGCUCCGUCCUCUACCACCACACCCGCAACGGCGACCAGGCCCGCGGGCACCUGGAGAAGGCGUGGCUGAUAUCCCAGCAGAUCCCGCAGUUUGAAGAUGUGAAGUUCGAGGCAGCCAGUUUGCUGUCAGAGCUCUACUGCCAGGAGAAUUCCGUGGACACGGCCAAGCCCCUGCUGCGCAAAGCCAUCCAGAUCUCCCAGCAGACUCCCUACUGGCACUGCAGGCUGCUCUUCCAGCUGGCUCAACUGCACACCCUGGAGAAGGAUCUGGUGUCUGCCUGUGACCUGCUGGGGGUGGGGGCAGAGUACGCCCGUGUGGUGGGCUCCGAGUACACCAGAGCCCUCUUUCUGCUCAGCAAGGGGAUGCUGCUGCUGAUGGAGAGGAAGCUGCAGGAGGUGCACCCGCUGCUGACGCUGUGCGGGCAGAUCGUGGAGAACUGGCAGGGAAACCCCAUCCAGAAGGAGUCGCUGCGCGUCUUCUUCCUGGUGCUGCAGGUCACGCACUACCUGGACGCCGGGCAGGUGAAGAGCGUGAAGCCGUGCCUGAAGCAGCUGCAGCAGUGCAUCCAGACCAUCUCCACCCUGCACGACGACGAGAUCCUGCCCAGCAACCCCGCUGACCUCUUCCACUGGCUGCCCAAGGAGCACAUGUGUGUGCUGGUCUACCUGGUGACAGUGAUGCAUUCCAUGCAGGCAGGCUACCUGGAGAAGGCUCAGAAGUACACGGACAAAGCCCUCAUGCAGCUGGAGAAGCUCAAAAUGCUGGACUGCAGCCCCAUCCUGUCCUCAUUCCAAGUGAUCCUGCUGGAACACAUCAUCAUGUGCAGGCUGGUCACGGGACACAAAGCCACGGCCCUGCAGGAGAUUUCCCAGGUCUGCCAGCUGUGCCAGCAGUCUCCCAGGCUCUUUUCCAACCACGCUGCCCAGCUGCACACGCUCCUGGGUCUCUACUGCAUCUCUGUCAACUGCAUGGACAACGCAGAAGCACAAUUCACUACAGCACUGAGGCUCACAACCCACCAGGAGCUGUGGGCAUUUAUUGUCACCAACCUGGCCAGUGUCUACAUCCGGGAGGGGAAUCGGCACCAGGAGCUCUACAGUUUAUUGGAAAGGAUAAACCCCGACCACAACUUCCCAGUGAGUUCCCACUGUCUCCGGGCCGCGGCGUUUUACAUCCGAGGGCUCUUCUCCUUUUUCCAGGGAAGAUACAACGAGGCCAAGCGUUUUCUGCGGGAGACGCUGAAGAUGUCGAACGCCGAGGACCUGAACCGCCUGACCGCCUGCUCGCUCGUGCUGCUGGGCCACAUCUUCUACGUGCUGGGCAACCACAGGGAAAGCAACAACAUGGUGGUGCCGGCCAUGCAGCUGGCCAGCAAGAUCCCGGACAUGUCCGUGCAGCUCUGGUCCUCCGCCCUGCUCCGGGACCUGAACAAGGCGUGUGGGAACGCCAUGGACGCGCACGAGGCGGCGCAGAUGCACCAGAACUUCUCCCAGCAGCUGCUGCAGGACCACAUCGAGGCCUGCAGCCUCCCCGAGCACAACCUCAUCACGUGGACGGACGGACCCCCCCCAGUCCAAUUCCAGGCCCAGAACGGCCCCACCACCAGCCUGGCCAGCCUGCUGUGAAUUCCAGGAAAAAACCCGGAAAACCCCGGGAAAAACUCCGGGAAAACCCCGGGAAAAACCCCGGGAAAAACCCCAGGAUCUGCACCACCACCAUCCCGGCAGAAACAAAGCAUCAAAAACUCGGGAAAAGAAACAAAAAUCCACGGAAAAGCUUCGGAAUUCCCUGUGGUAGUGAGGCAAAAAAAAAAGCAGGAAUUUUCCAGGAAUUUUCCAGGAUUUUCCCCAGGAUUUUUCCAGGAAUUUUCCAGGAUUUUCCUCAGGAUUUUUCCAGGAAUUUUCCAGGAUUUUCCUCAGGAUUUUUCCAGGAUUUUUCCAGGAUUUUUCCAGGAAUUUUCCAGGAAUUUUCAGGAAUUCCCAGAGCAGCUUUUCCAGGUGGGAAGAUCCAGGUGAACCCCAAGGUUUGAUCCUGGCGGGAAUUCCCAGGCCGGGCUCGGAAUUCCGGCGGGAAGCUCGGGAUCCUCGGGGAUGAGGGUUGGGAUUCCCAGCUGGAAUUCCUGAAAUUCCCGGAAUUCCCGGAAUUCCGGCGGCUCCUGGGACCCCUCCCCAAGCACAGCUCUCCCCACGCCUUCAGGGAAAAAAAAAUGGGAAUUUUUUCUUCCUGCUGAUCCCAAAUUUUUCCAGCCUGGAGGCGCCUGUGCCUUAAAGGAUUCCCAAAUCCCGGGAUUCCCUCCGGAUCCAGCCUCACCCAGAGGUUUGGGAUCAAAUUCCAGCCUUGCCCUCGGCACUAAUUCCCCUUUUCCAGGUUUUUUCCCGAUUUUUUUCCAGGUUUAAUUCCGUAGUUCAGCCCAAUUCUGGGGUUUUUUGGGGAUUUUCUGUUCUCCCAGAAAUCUGGGAAUGCUGAAUCCCAGAAAAAAAAAGCUGGAAGUUCUUCCAGGAUUCCAGCGGUGCCUGGGGUGGAAUGGAAUUGUUUGUCCUGCCUGGAAUUCCUCCAGAUUUCUGGGAAAAGGGAGGGAAAAGAACUCUGGAAUUCUUGGAGGGAGGAAAAGCAAAGCCCUGGAACUUCCAGAGAUUUAUUUGGAAUUUUUAAUCCCACCUGGAUGGGAAGGAACCUUAAAUUUCCCUUAAAUUUCCCUCAAAAUUCCCUCAUUCCCAUCAUUUUCCCUUCCCAAAUCCCAUCUUUUUCUGGAGCAAGGAAUUUUUCCCACCCAAAUUCCUCAAUUUUUCCCUCUGGAAUUCAUUCCAGGGAUGAGGUUUUGGUUUUUUAUGUCCCAUUCCCAAAAAUUUGGAUUUUCCAGGUUUUUUUCCCCGUGGAAAUCCCGGUCCUAAAUCUGGAAAACUCCAAAGCACCUGGAAAUCCCUGGAAUUUUGGGGGAUUGAGGAUUGGAAGUUUUUAUUCCGGAUUUUUUGGGGAUUAAGGAAAACCCUCAGUGCUGUUGGAACUCAAAAAAAAUUGGAAAAAAAUCCCAAAAAAUUCCCAAAUCCAGGGAUUUUCCAGCUGAAUCCGGGGCUGGAAUUCCCGUGGGAGCUUCCAGAGGCUCCCGAAUUCCCUGGAUCCCCUUUUUUAUUUUGGGAUAUUUGGGAUCCCUCUGGGCAGAACCAUCCCAGGAAUUUUGGGAUCCCAGGAUUUUGAUCCCCGUGGAAUUUUGGGGGAGUUUUCCCCGAUUUUGAGGUUUUUUGGGAAGCACAUUCCCAAUUUUUUAUUUCCUCUGGAAGCCCCUGGGGCGCAACAAUUCCUCGGAAUCUUUUUCCCUGGAAUUUUCCUGCGCUGGGAAAGGCUGAAAAUUCCCAGAUCCCAUCCAGGAAAUCCAAAUUUUCCCUUCUAACUCCAGAAUAUUCCAGAAUAUUUUGGAAUUUCAGGCUAAGAUCAGCUCUGGCUCGAAAUUUUGGGAUGGAAUUCCCAAAUUUUGGGCUGGAAAAGCCUUGGGAUGAUCCCGAUCCCAAGGCAGGGACACUUCCACUAUUCCAGGCUGGAUUUGGGCACUUCCAGGGCAGCCAAACCCUGAAAAUUUUGGGGAAAAACCUGGAAAAAAAUCGGGAAAAAUCAGGAAAAAUCCCAAUUUCGGAGAGCUGUGGUUGGAGCUGAGCUUUGGGAAUCCCCCAGGGAGUUUUCCAGGGAAUCCUCCAGGAAUUCCUGUGGGAAAAGAGCCUUUCCCAACACCCUGGAGACGCCGAGGAAGGAGCAGAAUUCCCCAAAAAUUCCCAAUUUUCCGCCUUCAGCUUCCCCUAAAGCCCCCUCAAGUGCUGAAAGAUCCGGAAAAUCCUUUGGAAUUCUGGCGGGGGUUGGGAUUGGGGCUCUGAGCUGGAUCCCAGCUCCUCCCGAGGCCGGAAUUCCCAAAUUCCCGGCGGAAAUUCCCGGGCCAAUGUACAGAGCUUUUUACCAUUGUAUAUUAAAUUAUUUAAUAGCUUUU